GAACCAACAUCCACAUCACAAGAACCAACAUCAACAACACAAGAACCAACAUCCACAUCACAAGAACCAACAUCCACAGCAUCAGAACCAACAUCCACAUCACAAGAACCAACAUCCACAGAAUCAGAACCAACAUCCACAGCAUCAGAACCAACAUCCACAUCACAAGAACCAACAUCCACAUCACAAGAACCAACAUCCACAGAAUCAGAACCAACACCCGAAGCAAGUACGCGAAACCCAUAUGUUAUGUCAACAGUUACCAACACAACAAAUGCUGCAGUAAUAACUAACCUUAUCACAACAACAGAUGCUGUGGCAACAAAUAUCCCUAUCACAGCACGUGUUACGGCAAAAAAUAUUCAUAUCACAACAACGGAUGUUAUAGCAACAAACACCCUUAUGACAACAGAUGAUACGGCAACAGACAACCUUAUCAUAACAGAUGCUAUGGCAACAAGCACCACUGUCACCACAAAUGAUGCUAUGGCACAAAGUACCCCUAUCACAAUAGCGGAUGUAAUGGCAUCAAACACCCCUGUCACAAGUAGAGAUGGUAUGGCAACUAGAAAACCUAAAAUAACAGAUGCUAUGACAACAAACACUCCUAUCACAACAGAUGAUACGGCAAGAAGUACUCCAAUCACAACAGAAGUUAUGGCAAAAAAUCCUAUAACAACAGAAGCUAUAGCAAUAAGCACCCCUAUCACAACAGAUAAUACGGCAAUAAUCACUCCUAUCACAAAAACAGAUGCUAUGACAACAAGCACUCCUAUCACAACAGAUGAUAUGGCCACAAUCACCCCUAUCACAAAAACAGAUGCUAUGGCGAAAAGUACUCCAAUCACAACAGAUGUUAUGGCAAAAAAUCCUAUAACAACAGAAGCUAUGGCAAUAAGUACCCCUAUCUUAACCAAAGCUAUGGCAACAAGCACUCCUAUCACAACAGAUAUAAGUACCGCUGUCACAGCAGAUGCAACAAGCACUCCUAUUACAAAAACAGAUGCUAUGGUAACAAGUACACGUAAAUCAACAGACGUUAUGGCAACAAGAUCUCCUAUCACAACGGAUUUUAUGGCAACGAGUACCCCUAUCAGAAAAGCAGACACUACAGGAACAAGUACUACUAUCACAACAAACACUAUGGCAACAAACACACCUAAAACAACAGCUGUUAUGGCAACAAGCACACCUAAAAUAACAGGUGUUAUGGCAACAAGCACACCUAUCACAAGAACAGAUGGUAUGGCAAGAAGUACCCCUAUCACAAAAGAUGUCAUGGCAACUAUUACCCCUAAAACAACGGGUGCCAUGGCAACAGACAUCCCUAUCACAACAGAUGCUAUAGCAGGAAGUACCCUUAUCACAACAAAUGUUGUGGCAACAAGUACUCCUAAAAUACAUACACUGGCAACAAGCACACCUAAUACAAUAGAUUCCAUGGCAAGAAGUACCCCUAUCACAACAGAUGUUAUGGCAACAAGCACCUAUAUCACAAGAAAUGGUAUGGCAACAAGUACAACUAUAACAGCAACGGAUGCCACAAGCACACCCAUAACCAUGGCAGCAAAUGCCACGGCAACAGGCACACCCAUAGCCACGACAACAGGCACACCCAUAGCCACGGCAACAGAUGCCACAGCAACAGGCACACCCAUAGCCACGGCAACAGAUGCCACGGCAACAGGCAUACCCAUAGCCACGGCAACAGAUGCCACAGCAACAGGCACACCCAUAACCACGGCAACAGAUGCCACAGCAACAGGCACACCCAUAGCCACGGCAACAGAUGCCACAGCAACAGGCACACCGAUACCCACGGCAACAGAUGCCACGGCAACAGGAGCACUCAUAGCCACGGCAACAGAUGCCACGGCAACAGGCACACCCAUAGCCACGGCAACAGAUGCCACAGCAACAGGCAUACCCAUAGCCACGGCAACAGAUGCCACAGCAACAGGCACACCCAUAGCCACGGCAACAGAUGCCACAGCAACAGGCACACCCAUAGCCACGGCAACAGAUGCCACAGCAACAGGCACACCCAUAGCCACGGCAACAGAUGCCACGGCAACAGGCACACCCAUGUCCACGGCAACAGAUGCCACGGCAACAGGCACACCCAUAGCCACGGCAACAGAUGCCACGGCAACAGGCACACCCAUAGCCACGGCAACAGAUGCCACGGCAACAGGCACACCCAUAGCCACGGCAACAGUUGCCACGGCAACAGGCACACCCAUAGCCACGGCAACAGAUGCCACAGCAACAGGCACACUCAUAGCCACGGCAACAGAUGCCACGGUAACAGGCACACCCAUAGCCACGGCAACAGGCACACUCAUAGCCACGGCAACAGAUGCCACAGCAACAGGCACACCCAUACCCACGGCAACAGAUGCCACGGCAACAGGCACACUCAUAGCCACGGCAACAGAUGCCACGGCAACAGGCACACCCAUAGCCACGGCAACAGAUGCCACAGCAACAGGCACACCCAUACCCACGGCAACAGAUGCCACGGCAACAGGCAUACCCAUAGCCACGGCAACAGAUGCCACAGCAACAGGCACACCCAUACCCAUGGCAACAGAUGCCACGGCAACAGCGACGACGGCGACCGAGCAUACGCCUGCCUCCGCCGCCCGCCGCACAGGUAUUAAUUUAGACCUCAAAAGUAUCAUCAAGCGCUUCAUAGCGGCUGCUUCUUGGGAUGAAAGUCAGCUCUCCUGCAGGUCAGCUAUCCUGCUGGUCAGUUCACCUUCAGAUCAGCUUUUCUACAGGUCAGUUCUCCUGCGGGUCACUUCACCUAUAGUUCAGUUCUGUCAGUUCGCCUACAGGUCAGGUCUCCUGCGAGUUAAUUCACCUACAGGUCAGCUCUCCCAGCUACCCUCACCGCUUCCUGCGGAUUCAGUGAUGCGGCUUUACUGUUUUCUUCUGACAUCGGCCUCCUUCAAGUCUUUUGUUGAGAGUUUAAGCAGUGCCAUCCUUGCCUACCUGGACGCCCUUCGUGGUCAGCGGGGAUUCGGGCGCUCCUCCAUUCCCCUGGGAGACCAGCGCAAAGCCACACGUGAACCAAGGUGGAAUAAUUUCCAUGAAACUUUACCCAAAAUAAACUCCAGGAAGCGACAAAUGAGGACUCUUGAGCAAAAUGGUAGUGUGCAUGAGCUUAAAACUAAAAGCAAACCAUAUCUAAAUACGGCUCGCAAAUUACCUGUGAAACAUAAAAAUGCCAAGUCUUUGAAGUAUUAUGCGAAGGCCUCAUUGAAUCCAAAGACGAGUCAGACUGAUUCCUGGUUUGAUCUGCUCAGCUCCAAAACACCUGAUGAUAAGAGAAUCUCCAGGCUUGCAUUUGGCAUUAAUUUGCAAGAACAAAAUAAGAUCUUAGAACAAAUGACUACCUGUAAAACAUUGCAAGCAGGGAACAAAAAUUUUCAGAAUGAGAAUACCAAACCGAAGCAUUGCAUGUCCAGUAGACUUUAA